AGCUUUGAAUUAAGCAGCGUAAGAAAAGUGGGAAAAGUAGAAAAUAGAAGCAUACGUGGUUGAACAAGAAACACAAAUUUCAUCCAGAAGAAGCCAAUCUUGAAUUUCAAUUUCUAAACAUCACAUUAACAAUAGAAUGCUGGAGUGCAUUCUAGUGAUUCGACUAUACUAUACUAGACUCUCAAUGAUGGAAAUCCAACCUGAACUACCGUUACAACUUACAAGACUUUCUUGAAUGAACUGAAAAACACCCAAAAAAAAAAACAGAGGAAAGAAGAGCGCCAUCUCUUUUUAUCCUCUUCACCACUACACUAGCAAUGCCCUUGCCCGCCAUUUGUUUGAGCAGAUCAAUUUCAUUAUGCCUAACCCUUUCGUCUCCUAUCCCUACCCCAAACUUCCAAUCUUCUCUUUCUUCAUUUCUGUAUAGCUUCAGGCCCAGGAGGCUCCGCUGCUUCAAACCAUGUUCUUCACUCAAAGAAACCAGGAAGCAGCAGACCCUUUCCAAGAUUCCCUCCAGUGCCCCCCAGAGGCUAAGGAAACUCUCUAAUUUGGGGACCAAAUGGGAGGACGAUAGUAUUGAUCGUGGGGAUGGGGACACUGCCGCCGUUAAAGGUACCCUUUUGGCUGCUCUUUUACUUGUGGGUAUGGUUGGUGGAUUUGGGACCGUGAGUUACCUCUACAGAGACCAGAUCAAUGAUUUCUUGAACCAGCUAUCUAUCUUCAUUGAAGGUUAUGGACCAGCUGGAUAUGCACUUUUUGUUGUGGCUUAUACUGGGUUAGAGAUCCUUGCAUUACCAGCAAUUCCUUUGACCCUCUCUGCUGGUCUUCUGUUUGGUCCGGUCACUGGGACCAUUAUUGUCUCCAUCAGUGGAACGAUGGCUGCAAGUGUUGCAUUUCUGAUUGCUAGAUAUUUUGCUCGUGAUCGCAUUCUCAAACUAGUUGAAGGGAACAAGAAGUUUCUUGCCAUUGACAAAGCCAUUGGAGAAAAUGGUUUUAAAGUUGUUACUCUUCUACGCUUGAGCCCUUUGCUUCCAUUUUCUCUUGCGAAUUAUUUGUAUGGACUUACAUCUGUCGAGUUUGUGCCGUAUGUUUUGGGAAGUUGGUUAGGUAUGCUACCUGGAAGUUGGGCUUAUGUGAGUGCGGGUGCACUUGGCCGUGCAAUUAUUCAAGAAGAAUCUGAGAUUUCUCUUGGGGGAGGGAACGGUGUAUUGACGCUUGGAUUAGGCCUAUUGAUUACUGCAGUAGCUGCAGCUUACAUAACUCGGCUCGCUAAGGAUGCUGUAAAGGAUAUCGAGUAGAGGGCGGGCAGGAAUAGUUUCUGCAUCAUUAACUAUGGAAUUUUGUUGUUUAGGAAGUGGGUAAAGGAAAGAGAGCAAUGUGGAAUUAAUUUUUUUGUAAGUUUGAACUCUAAAUUUACGGGUCUCUUACUACUCUUGCCCUGGAGAUUGGCGAAGGAGCGAGAUUGGUGAUGGAGAUAAAUCGCGAAAGGUUUCUCAAUUGGUCUACAGUUAUGCUAGCUAGGAGCAAAUUAAUCUUUUUUGUGUAUAAGUGUAUUAGUCUUCCUUUUUGGUUGCUUUGUAUUUGCUCAAAUGUGGUGGAUUCUUUAAUAAGAGUUCCCUCAUCUCCUUUAAACUUUUCAUCUAUGAUUUUGGAGAAAGAAGCUAGUAAUGUAGGGAAAUGGAAUAUUGGUUAAUGAUUUUUGUACAACUUGUUUUGUUUGCAAUGAAUUUUUUUUUUCUCAAUAAAUCCUUGAAGUUGUCAA